UCCUGCUCAGCGCCUGCCCGCGCGGCAGCGAAAGCUCCCCGCGCAAGGCGGUGGCGGCUCGGCUGAGGGCGAAGUGGCGGGAGACGCCGUUGCUGAUGGAGGCCAGUGAAUUCAUUGCAGAAGAAAGCAAUGAUCAAUUCUGGCAGUUCUUGGAAACGGUGAAAGAAUUAGCUGUAUACAAGAAAGGAGUCUCGGAACAUUCUUAUUACAACUUAAUCUUGAAGAAAGCUGGACAGUUCCUCACAAAUUUGCAGAUUAACCUUUUGAAAUUUUCUCUUUCCUUACGAGCAUAUUCCCCAACUGUUCAGAUGUUUCAGCAGAUUGCAGCUGAUGAGCCUCCGCCGAAAGGUUGCAGUGCAUUUGUGGUUAUCCAUGGGAAGAGCACCUGUAAGACUAAUGAAAUUAAGAAGCUUCUGAGGAAGGCAUCUGAAAGGCCCAAGCCAUAUCUGUUCAAAGGAGAUCAUAUAUAUCCCACACUCAAUGAGACUCACCCAGUAGUGAUCCUUUAUGCUGAAAUGGGUACAAAAGACUUUACCACGUUUCACAGAGCUUUAUCUGACAAAGCGAAAAAGGAGGAAAUUGUUUAUGUUCUCCGACAUUUUGUCCAGAAACCUCUCUCUCAGAAGAUGUAUUUGUCUGGAUAUGGUGUGGAACUUGCAAUAAAGAGUACAGAAUACAAAGCGGUGGACGACUCUCAGGCAGAAGCUACAAGAAAUGUAACGGAAGAAGAAGGCGAUGAGGAAAGUGAGGUCCAGGGAUUUUUCUUUGACACAUUAAAGCAGAACUAUCCUGACCUCAAAGACAAUCUGAAAGAACUGAAAAAAUAUCUCAUUGAAAGUUCUGAUGACACAGAGCCUUUGAAGGUGUGGGAAUUGCAAGACCUUAGUUUCCAAGCAGCCUCUCGAAUUCUCUCUGUCCCUGUUUACAGUGCUGUAAAGGUAAUGAGAGACAUUGCACAAAACUUCCCAGUAAAAGCCAGAUCCCUAACCAGAGUGCUAGUAAACCAGCAAAUGCGAAAAGAAAUAGAGGAAAAUCAAAAGCAUCUACAUAAAACUUUUGAACUUCAGCCUGGUGAAGCACGUCUGUUUUUAAAUGGCCUUCCUAUAGACUUGGAUUUUCAUGAUCCAUUUAGUAUUUUAGAAACUCUGAAGGUGGAUGGGAAAGCAAUGCAAGGACUUCACUCCCUUGGAAUUAAGGAAGAAGUUCUUAGUAAAUUCAUGAGAUUACCGAUCCAUUCUGAGGAUGACGCAUAUGCAUUAGACAUCCGGCACUCUUCAAUAGUAUGGAUCAACGACAUAGAAAAGGAUCAGAUGUAUGACAAGUGGCCUUCAAGUUUUCAGGAACUUCUUAAACCAGCAUAUGCAGGAAUGAUGCGGCAGAUUCGGCGCAAUUUAUAUAAUUUGGUCCUCUUUAUUGAUCCUACUCAGGAAGAAGCAGCAGGCUUCAUAAAACUUGUUGAAGUAAUCUACAGACAAAAAGUUCCUAUUAGAAUUGGAUUUGUUUUCAUUGUAAAUACUGAUGAAGUGGUUGAUGGAAAUAAGGACGCAGGAGUAGCUUUAUGGAGAGCUUUUAACUUCGUUGCAGAGGAACUGGAUAUCCCUGAAGCUUUUGCCGCCAUGAUACAUAUGUACCGUGAAGUAAAAGAUGGAGGUGUCCUUUCUGUGAAGCAUGUGAAGCGUGUUCUUCUCAGUGUAUUUCCUAAUGCUGACAUGCAAGAUAUUCUGGGCAUUCAUUCCUACUAUGAUGAAAAGAGAAAGGCAGGAGCAGUGUUUUAUAAGAAGUCUGGCCUGGGUCCAUUGCCUCAAGCUCUCUUUAAUGGUGUGCCCUUUAACAGAAAAGAGCUGAAUGUUGCAGAGUUAGGGACCUCUCUGCUGAAGAUCAUGGAUGCCACAGAGUCCUUUCAGCGGGCAGUGUUCAUGGGCUUGCUGAAUGAUCAUAAAGAUGCGGUAGACUUCAUCAUGGAGCAACAGAAUGUCGUUUCCCAUAUACAUGACAGAAUUCUUGACACUGAGAAAAGAUACCUGAACUUUGCAUCAUCAUCAGUUCCUAUAGAUACGAAUGAUUUCUCAACGUUUUCUUUCCUGGACUCUCAAGAUAAGACUUUUUUUGUUUCAGAAAACAUGAAGUAUGUGACAAAGAAAGAUGAUGAUGUAAUAUAUCCAGUUACCAUAUGGAUUGUGGCUGAUUAUGACAAGCCAAAUGGGAGGCAGUUGCUCUCUAAUGCACUGAAACACCUGAAAACUAGCAGUCACAUCCAGCUUGGGAUUGUGCAUAACCCUUCAUCAAAAAUAACGGAAGAUAGCACUGUCAUUGCAAGGGCAAUCUUGGCAGCUUUUUUAACCCAGAAAAACACUAGUUUGAAAAACUUUCUCAAUCAGAUUCUUAAGGAGGAGAUAGCAAAGAGCCUUGCCUCAGGAACUAAAAUCAAGAAGUUUCUCCUUCCGGCCAUGGAUGGCGAUGCUUUUGAGAAGAAAUACAACACAUUGGGCGUAGAACUAAUUCAGGCUCACCAGAUGUUUUGCAGGGAAGUCCUUAAGCUGCUUCCUGGCGAAAUGGCUGUUGUUAGUAAUGGCAGGAUAAUAGGCCCUUUACAUGCAAAUGAAUUAAAUGCAGAAGACUUUGACUUGCUGGAGAAAGUAACACUGACUACAGCGGCUGCGAAGGUUAAAACCCUUGUCAAGGAAAUGGGCGUUGGCAGUAAACGUGGCAGUAAUUUAGUAAUGAAAGUGAAUGCGCUUCUUUCUUCAUUGCCAAAAACUGAUGUACGCCGAGAUAUUGAAUUUCUCAAAGAGCAGCACAGUGUACUAAAGGUAGAUCCGCAGGAAAAUGAACCCUUCUUUGACAUCAUUGGUAUCGUAGAUCCAUUGACGAGAGAAGCUCAGAAGUUGUCACAUUUACUGAUUACACUUGGCCAGAUUGUCAACAUUAGGCUGAGGCUGUUCAUGAACUGUAAAUCCAAGCUGUCAGAAGUACCUCUGAAGAGUUUUUAUCGUUUUGUUCUGGAGCCAGAACUCACUGCUGGGACCAAUAAUUUCUUUCCUCGUCCGCCUGGGGCCAACUUCCUUGAAAUGCCAGAAUCCACUCUUCUGACGCUAAACAUGAUAACUCCAGAAAGCUGGUUGGUUGAAGCAGUGAACAGUUCUUAUGACCUUGAUAACAUUCAUUUAAAAGAUGUAGAUGGUGUUGUUUCAGCAGAGUAUGAAUUGGAGUAUUUAUUGCUUGAAGGGCGUUGUUUUGAUGUGGCCAAUAGACAGCCACCCCGUGGAUUGCAGUUCACUCUGGGAACGCGGAAUCAUCCUGUUAAAGUGGAUACUAUUGUGAUGGCCAACCUGGGUUAUUUUCAGUUAAAAGCAAACCCAGGUGCUUGGAUUUUGAGACUUCGUGAAGGAAGAUCUGAAGAUAUCUACCAUAUAUUUAAGCAUGAAGGGACAGAUUCUUCUGAAGUCCCAGAAGAGGUUAUUGUGGUAUUAAAUAAUUUCAGAAGCAAAAUCAUUGAAGUCCAAGUUGAGAAGAAACCUGAUCAAAUUAAUGAAGACCUCCUGAAUGACCGAGAAGAAGAAGAGGAUUCCAUGAUAAGUUUUACAGGAGGAACUCAAACAACAGAAAGGGGGAAGAAAAUGGAUAUAUUAAACAUCUUUUCUGUUGCUUCUGGCCAUUUAUAUGAACGCUUUUUAAGAAUUAUGAUGCUCUCCGUUCUACGGCACACCAAGACGCCAGUGAAAUUUUGGUUUCUGAAAAAUUAUCUGUCACCUACAUUUAAAGAGGUUAUUCCUUACAUGGCAGAAGAAUAUGGAUUCCAAUAUGAACUUGUGCAGUACAAAUGGCCCCGCUGGCUUCAUCAACAGACAGAAAAGCAAAGAAUCAUCUGGGGUUACAAAAUUCUCUUCUUAGAUGUCCUCUUCCCUUUGGCUGUGGACAAAAUAAUUUUUGUUGACGCUGAUCAGAUUGUCAGAAGUGAUCUGAAAGAACUCAGAGAUAUAGAUCUGAAAGGAGCACCUUACGGAUAUACUCCCUUCUGUGAUAGUCGUACAGAAAUGGAUGGCUACCGUUUCUGGAAGUCAGGAUAUUGGGCUUCACAUCUUGGAAAAAGAAAAUACCAUAUCAGUGCUUUAUAUGUUGUGGAUCUGAAGAGGUUCCGGAAGAUUGCUGCAGGAGACAGGCUGAGAGGUCAAUACCAAGCACUCAGUCAGGAUCCAAACAGUCUAUCCAACCUAGAUCAGGAUCUCCCAAAUAACAUGAUCCAUCAGGUGGCCAUCAAAUCUCUUCCUCAAGAGUGGCUGUGGUGUGAGACUUGGUGCAAUGAUGAAUCCAAGAAAAAGGCUAAAACUAUUGAUCUGUGUAACAAUCCAAAAACCAAAGAACCCAAAUUAGAAGCUGCUCUCAGAAUAGUUCCUGAAUGGACAGAGUACGACACCGAAAUACAGAAGCUAAUAAAUCGAAGAAGGAAAGAGAAGAACAUAGCCUGGUCCCAUAAAAAAGGCUCCAGACAUGAUGAACUUUAGCACUGUUUGGAAAUGGGUGUGACUGCACUUCUCUGCUGCUGACCAUAGACUGGCUGGAAACGCUAGAUUUCGUGGAUGUAAAUACUUCAGAGACGCUCUAUAUUUUUGAAGAUCCAUGAAUGUGCAAUUUAAAAAAAAACAAAUUCUUUUGACCUUUAAUGGGAAGACCGGAGGGGAGAGGAAGCCCGGUAAAGUGCCGCCUGUACAGCUUUGUUGCUCAUUCUGAUGGGCUUCCACUUUGGGUGUUUCCAAGGCAGUUCAUAUUAUGGUGCUACUCUCCUUAAGCACACACUGCUCUUAUUUCGCAUGACACAAUUUCUGUUGGAAAUGUCAUGAGAUGUAGAAGUGUGCGUAUAUAUUGAUGAGUCAUCAUAUCGGUGCGUCUGGCUGUAGAAAACAAAACAAACACCCUGUAUGGUACUUACUUUAAAAGUUUCUACCCCAUCUUUUUUGCAGAAGCUUCCAAGGAAACUGACUUGACACAGUACUUAAAGUCUGCAUUGCUUUUUUUUUGUCCAACAUGCCUCUAUGCUAUGAUGUUACAUAUGUCAGUCUUACUGAACUCUGCUUUCAGUGCUGGCUUCAGGUAUUUGAGGGCCCUUGGGCAAGACAUUCUCCAGGGCUGGCCCUCCCUCGAUGAGCCUGCCUUCUCACCACCACUGUCACCCCCAGCUCCUCUUCCUCAUC